AUGUUGGUGCUGCUGAUUGCCAAUUUAAUAAUUCUACCAGUAGCAAUCGCAUUUUUCAACGACGAUUUGAGCGUACACUGGAUUGUGUUCAACAGUAUUUCCGACGUAAUAUUUGUUGCGGAUAUCGCAGUCAAAUUUCGCACUGGCAUUGUUGCUAACGACUACGCCGAUGAGAUCAUCUUAAACCCCAAAGAAAUUGCCAGGCACUACUUGAAAUCUUGGUUCAUUUUGGACUUCAUCAGUUCUAUACCCAUGGAUUACAUUUACCUUAUCUUUAACAAAAAGGACCACUACAACCAAUUCCUCAGUGCAGGUAGAACACUUCGGAUUUUGAGAUUAGCCAAGCUGCUAAGCAUGCUUCGCUUGCUCCGCCUAACACGGCUGGUCCGAUACGUCAGCCAGUGGGAAGAAUUUUUAAACAUUGCAAGCAAAUUUAUGGGUAUAUUCAACCUCGUUCUGUUAAUGCUAUUGCUCGGACAUUGGAACGCGUGCUUGCAAUAUCUUAUUCCAAUGCUGAUGGAAUUCCCUCCGGACUCGUGGGUUAAACGCUGCAAAUUAGAG